GCCGGUUCGCUAAUCUUACUCAGUUGUUCCGCGGAGCUUGAACCCACAAGACGUUUUGAAUUGGAACGGAACUUUCUUCAAACAUGAGUUCCAAUUGUAAGUUUUUCAUUACCGGGUUAUUAUUCGUGAUUGGUGUUGUUAACGUGCGCUGUGAUACGUGUCCCGUUUAUUUGACAUUAUCUUCACUUGCGAGGCAUAUCGAGGAAGCAUCGGUGGUAGUCAACUGGGGUCCAGAUUGUGAGACACCACCCGAUUGGAUAGGACUGUACACGGAGAAUCCUGCUUUAUCAGAUGCCCCUCCGGUUGUCAAAAUUAUAGUAGACGGACAGAAAUCCGGUGAAGUUAUAACAGAACUCAAAUUUGGUAAGCCACGCCUUCCGGGAGGAUGGAGCUAUGUUGAAGUUUUGCGACACAUCCCGAAACGUCGGGCUCAACCACUUUGCUUCGACUUUUACUUGGUCGGUCACAACAAAAAUAAUGAACUCCUGACUUACGACUGCCUCAAAAUACAGCCGAACUGGAUGUUCACAGAACGCGACAUCGGCAAUGUUUCUCUGAAAGACCUAUUCCUCCCUGGAACCCACUGUUCAGGUUGCUACCAAACCAAGGCCAAUGUCAAUCCCAUUUUCUUGAAACAUGUCGGUUACCGGCAAGAUCUGGACAUAUGGACGCAGCUUGUAUUCGGAAUUCGCUACCUUGACUUCUCCGUUGGAUAUCAAUCUUCCCACAAUGGAACACGCAACUUUUGGAUCAUGAACGAAAGCUACCGCGUCGGUUGGAUCGUACCGAUUCUGCACGACAUCCGCCGCUUCGCCAUCCUUUCAGAAGAAACCGUUGUGUUGGACUUCCGACGAUUCCCGCUAGGUUUUCACAACCACCCGGAACAGCACAACGAGUUCCUGCGGAUUUUAGAGCAGGAGCUGGGCGAUCUGGUGUUCCGCCGACCGCGCUUCGGAGACGAAGAAAACGACGAUACCAACUCCUACCAUCUGACGAUCGACCAAAUGCGACGGGAAGGGAAAUACAUCCUCGUCACGUACAAUCAUGCACCCAGUUGGAAUGCUUCCGAUCUGAUAUGGGCACCAUGGAAAAAGCACUCCAGUUCGUUCCUCAAGCACACGGAGCUGGGCGAGUUCAUGAAAAAUCUUUUCUCGCAAAAGCACCAAGAUGCGCCGAAAGAUAUCGGCUGGAGCUUCUACGGCGUACAGGGACUGCACAGUAGCUACACCCCCGACGAAGCCUACAUGAUGCCGAAGGAGCGUGCCAACCUGAUCAAUCCGAAGCUGAUGACGAUGCUCGGUGGACCGUGGAGUUUGAGGGCCAACGCUGUGCUCUUGGACUAUUUCACCAACACCAAUCUGAUCGACAUGGCAGUGCACACCAAUCGUUACAAGACGUUGAAAAGUUUUAGCGAACAGGUUGUCGUUUUGGACAUUCAGUGAGGGAGAAUCUGAUAUGGUGGGAUACAUUGAACUAGAGAUUUAAGAAGAGAUUUUUGAUUCUGAGUAUUAUGGAGUGAAAUUUCAUUCUCAGAGAUUUAACAAUUAACAUGUGAUUCGAAUUCAUACAAAAGUAAUUCAUAUUAUAACUAGGUUGUAAGCUUGAAUAAGUUUAAAAUCAAUAAUAAAGGCAUGAAAACCUUAUCCAAAACGUAAUAAUUAAUUUGAGAAGAAAUGUUUGUUGGUCCUUUGUAACCAAGACACAUAAG